GGGCAAAAAACAACUGAUAACUGUCAAAGAACUAAUAAACAUCGACUUUAUAGCAUCAUCGCAUAUGACGAGUUGAAAUACCUACUGCUGCAAUGAAGUAAUCAAAAUAAUAAAAAGUAAUUAAAGUUAGAAAAAAUACUCAGUAAGUUACACUUUAACCAAAGAAUGCUAAUGUAAUGUAUUAGUAUCCAGGGGAUCCUAUCUGUCGUGCAUAACCAGAUCAAGGGAUUCUCCUGUAUGCAAACACAACAGAGCUACUUCCAUUUCAACGAAUAUUCAAAUGUGUGAGCGUUCCCUUUAAAUGAAGAUACCACUCUGAGUGGAGGUACGACAGUUGACAACAGAGACUGAGAAACUUCUAUAUUCUUUACUCUCGGGGAGCAGUACAGGUCAACAAGUUAUUAACAUUAUUUAUCUUGCAAAUAAUAUUGACUGAGACGAUUUUACGAGAGGCACGAUUGUGAUUUUAGUUUGUUUUGGGGUGCGUAAAUCCCUCCCCCGCUCGAGAUGGUAGCGUCCAGCCCAUCUGUUCUCCUCCAGUGAAAUGCGGAUUGAAACAGACUGAAGAACUCUACGGGUCGCAAUGGCUACUGCGUCGCGAGGACAACAAGUUUUGUUGUUCAGUUAAACAAGUCCCAUGUGAGGAAAAUUCCGAAUGGCUUCGUCUAAACCACACUUUCUUAUGUGAGACGCUCGUUGGAUGACAUAAACAUGUCCCAGGGAUAUAUAACUUCUGUGGAGGAGAUCCAGUCUUGGUGGGAAGUCCCCGCCAUAGCGCACUUCUGCUCUCUCUUCAGGACGGCGUUCAAUUUGCCAGACUUUGAAAUAGAGGAACUUGAGCAAGCACUACUGAAACAAGACCAAGACUUCCUCUCAGACCUCCUCUGCUUGCUGCUGCAAGGAUGUUACCAACGCAGCGACAUCACGAUUCAGUCCUUUAGCAGUUACCUGGAAGAUAUUAUCAAUUACCGUUGGGUACUGGAGGAAGGCAAGCCCAACCCACUGAAUGAGCACACAUUUGAGGAGCUACCGCCCCGCACACAGGUGGAGCUCUUACACAGACUCUGUGACUAUCGUCUUGAUGCUGCUGAUGUCUUUGACCGACUCAAGGGCCUGGAUGCAGACAGUUUGCGUGUUGAGCCUCUGGGCCAAGAUGGGGCUGGAGCCCUCUACUGGUACUUUUAUGGUACGCGGCUGUACAAAGAGGAGCCAGUCAAACCAGUGUCUCCCCAAUACAGUGAGACUCAUGACAAAGUGCCUGAGAAGAAAAGAAGAGGGAGGCCACCAAAGAAGAAGCUUGAGGAUACACUUCCAAUGGAGGAGGAGAUGGAGGAGGAGAGCAUGAAGGCAGAGGAGGAAAGAAUUGAAGAAUCUAAACCUGUUCUGGAAGAGUCACAUGAGCGGAAGCGUGGGGCCUGGUCUCUGUUGUGUAACACCGAGGAGCAAUGGACCAGUCUUGCAGAGAGUAUUAAGGACAAAAUAUCCCCUCGUGACCGGCACCUACACCGCAUCAUCACUCAAAACUUCCUGCCUGAGAUCAGUAACAUGAUUGAAUACAAGGAGAAAGAAAUGAUGCAGAAGCUACUGAAUCCGUCUGCAGAAUGCAGCAACUACAACCAUACUGAACAACACAGCAGCAAAGAGGAUGGGACUUGGGCCACAAGCAAGAUGGAGCAGAAGCAGACAGAGGAGGACCUGGAAAGGGAAGCCUUGCUCGCUGAACAAUGGAGAGAAGAAGAGAGACUGCUUCAGGAAGAACAGGAGAGAGAGGAACAAGAGAAAGUCAAAGCUGUAGAGGAACGUGCACGUAGAAGGAAGCAGCGAGAGGAGAAGGCCUGGUUGCUCUCCCAAGGAAAAGAGCUUCCCACCGAGCUGCUGAAUCUGGAGACCCACUCACCCAUUCGCCGAGCACGCCGUACUAAGGAGUUCUAUGACAUGGAUGACGAUUACACUGCUCUCUACAAAGUGUUGGAGGCUCUCAAAGCUCACAAAGAUGCCUGGCCCUUCAUGGAGCCUGUUGAUGAGUCUUAUGCACCCAACUAUCACGAAAUCAUACAGACUCCAAUGGACCUGUCCACGAUUGAGAGAAAGCUGAAUGAUGGAGAGUAUGUUGCCAAGGAGGAAUUUGUGGCUGAUGUAAAGCUAAUGUUUGAGAAUUGUCUGGAAUACAAUGGAGAAGAGAGUGAAUACACAAUAAUGGCUGAGUCCUUGGAACGCUGCUUUGGCCGAGCCUUACUGAAGCACUUCCCCUCUGAGGAUGGUGAUACAGAUGAGGAGUUUCAUGUGAGCAGUGAGGACCGUGAUCGCAAGGAAAAGAAAAAGAGUAAGAGUCACAGACAGUCUGGACCUGAGAGCUUGAUCAAAGCCACAGAGCAGGUUCAAAAACGCAAAUCUUCCAACAGUGGUAAGGGAAACAGUCAGCAGCAAGACAAACCCAAUUUCCCUCAACAACCCCCUCCCUUCAACUACAUCAGUGGUCCCUCACAUCUCCAUAAUAUCCAUCCAGUACAGCAACAGCCUGGCACGUUACAUCCUGCUCAACAGUUUCAUCGGCCUGCAGGUCCUCCGGGACCAGGAAUGUAUGCCCAACAUAUGAUGAUUGACCCUCAGUAUCCAUACCCUGGACUGCGACCCCUCAUGUCCAGGCCAUCAGAGGACCAUGGACCUCAGCACAUGCCUCACUACAGCAUGCAGAAUUCCCAUUUAAGUGGUCCACAUCUUAGUCCCAGAUACCCAGUAGGAACUGAUGUAAGGCCACUUCAACCUCCACAUCACCAACCUUCCUAUCCUGGACCCACUCAUGGCCCUUCCCUGGGCCCAAGGCCAGUGGCCUUUCAGCCUGGAGGUCUCUGUGCCCCUCCACCUGAGGGCAAUAUGUACCCUUCACACCAGCAUUCAGAAGGACAGCCCAUGCAAACUGUGGGGAACAGGUACCCUAGGCCAGGUGUCCCAGUGCAUAGUUCCUACCCUCCUUAUGGCCCCCAUGGCAUGAACAUGCCCAGUAUUUGGCCACCCAUGAACCAUCAAGGACAGCAGACACCUGGUGGACCAAUGAUACAAGAACAGAGUACGACAAGCCAGCAUCCAUACAAUCACAGCAUGAUCUGUCCUCCACACAGUGGUGGUUAUGCAAUAGCAAAUGGUCCAUAUAGAAUGCCCUCUAUUAACUCUCACGGUCUCAUUGGUCAAAGACCACCAGGGGCCCCUCAGGACUCCAGGCCAAUUUUGGCAUCUAUGAUUGAUAGUCCCGAGAUGAUUGCCCUCCAGCAACUCUCUGCCUCAUCAUACCAAAGCGUUGGCAACUUCCAGCCCACUCUACAAAGUGGAGGUACAAUGGCACUGUCUUCUGGAAACCACCUCUUCAGACCUUCUAGAGAUGGUGUCGGACCUUCUAGAGAUGGUGGAGCAGACAGCCAGCACACACUCUUAUCCCCCAAAGGUUCAAGUACAAAAUCUGGUGAAAAUCAGUUGCCUGGAGAGAAUUCUAAUCUGACUGAGGCAGACAGUCACUUUUGUCCUAAUCAAACAGAAAAAUCAGAGCAGCCUGAUAACUCUCUGCAAAACCCAACUGUGCCAGACUGGCGUAGCUCAACACAGAGACAAACGUCACUGGGGAAAUCUCCAGCAUCAGUUUCUACUACAAGCAAAGAAUGUUCAAAUCAGAAUGAAGACAUACACGAUCGACUAAAUCUAGAAACACCUCACAACAGUGACCAACCCAAUUUACAAAAUGCUACCCAACUAGUACCCCAGCAGCAUAUGUCUGUGGAGGAUUCUUCAAAAUUUUCCCCAAAUGGUCCUCAGCAGAUGCCCCAGAAAACUCCAUAUGCAAUGCCUCAGCAUUCCUCUCAACAAAUCCAUCAAAAUGUUCCACCACAAUUUACUGGGAAUGGCUCUCAAAGGCAAUCCCAGAAUGUUCCUCCACACAUGCUGCAGAAUCUUCCUCAACAAAUGUCACAAAAUGUAUCUCAUCAAUACCCUCAAAAUGGCUCACAGCAAAUACCACACAAUGGAUCUGUCAAAGGCCCACAGCCAGGAGCUCUCCAUGGAAUGCCACAGAUUGCACUUCAGGGGGGACAGCAUGGUGUUCAUCAGCCUGCAACCCUCAGCUCUCUACCUCCCAGCCAUCCUGUAUCUCAUCCACUCGCUCAGCCCUCUCCGGCUGAUCAGGCAGACCAAAGGCCUUGUGAGCCUACCAGUAGGAUAGUAUCAGAUGGGAGCACAGUUUCCCAAGAUGCCAGCAAUCCUAAACUGAGGACUGACUGUGCCAAUGGACUUUACAAGCAACAGCCCUUCAGUCCAGAAAAACAAACCCAGCUGGGAAGGCAGGGUCCAGCACCACUUCACAAUCAGGCAUGUCCAACACACUCUCAGGGUCCAGAGAGCACCACCAUGGCUCAAUACAAUGUAAAUCAGCCAACACAUCAACACUUUGGCCCACAUAUAGGUAGACAAUUACACCCCUCAAACCACCAACCUUACCCAAACCAGGGACCUCCAUCAAAGACAAAUAGCCCUCAUCAUAAUCCUGCACAUUGUCCUGCUUAUCAGCAGCAAGCUGUUCCAUACCAGUAUCGCAUGACAACACAGCAUCCUCAGAGCCACCCGAGCAUGUAUCCUCAGUACCAGCAGCAGCAGUUCUAUCAGCCGCACAGACACGGCAGACCUGGAUUUCCCACUGAGGAGUGGCCUAGACAUCCAUACCAGCCUCAACACCCAAUGAUGCCCAAUUCUUACCCAUCACCAUUAGUUGGCAGUUUUAAUGGCCGGCAGAAGAAAAACACCAUGUCUCCUAAGGGCUCGGAUGGAUCUAGUGGGAGCUUAAUGUCACCGAGUUCUUUACCUGAUGGGUCUCAUAGCAGUGCUUUGGAAAGCAGGGAGGAUGGCAGCCCUGCCAAGCAGGCAAGAACUGAAGAACCUUCUGAACACUCCGACAGCCCGAAAGAGAUCUUGGACCUGGACAGCCACAAUGCUGCAGCCCGACAUCGUAUUUCAGCUCAGCCACACCCCAAUUUCUCUUAUGGCCCUCGUGCCAUGCAUUACAGCAUGCAGCAAGGUGGUUCACCUACAUCCCAUAUGAUGGCAGGUGGGUCAUAUUCCAGCCACCAAUUUCCCAGCAGACAAUUUGCCCAACAGCAUCCUCAUCCACAUUUGAUGGAAGCCUUACAGAGGCCCCAACACCUACCUUUCUCCCCAAGCCAAACUCGCAUGGCUAUAUACAGGCAUUCAAAUGUUGCAGGACACUUCCAGGGAAUGUUCGUUCCACAAAGAGCAGUGGUUGGAGAACAGUUACUUUGCACUGGGCAGCAGAUAUUGGGAACAGCAUCUCCCAAUGGCCCAGGCAAUAAACAAGGAGUAUGAAAGGUGAGAUUGCAGUGGCAACUCAUGAAAAAUGAAUACCUUCUACAACACUUUUACAACCUGGAAUAUACAUGGAGAUGGAGAACACAAUGACAGAAAUUAGGAAGAUUGUUGAAAAUGCAACUUGUAACACCAAUUGGUGUCUCACUCCUCAGACAGCCUUCUGUUAUAGUGUUACCUUCAAAUGAGAUACAUUUUUUUGGGACACUGGUAACCCAACCUGCAUUAGGCAGUCAUUUACAAUGAGAAGGGAAAGGAACAUCUCCCAGUGCCAGGAGAUAUGCUCAACGAGCUGGACCAUUGAUAAAGGAAAAGCUGUGAAUGUGAAUUGUGUCCUCUCUUUAGUGCUGAAAUACUGUUUAUACACACAAAUACUGGUCUGCAGCUUGCAUUUUUCUUUUGGAAUGUGUUUUUCACCUCAUUCUCUGUAGGAAUAACAUCUCAGAGGCUUCUUCGCAUGGGUAGUUAAAGGAGUAAAGAAACUGGAUGUUGCUAACGAGAAGAGUGAUGGCAUUUAGCAGUUGGUGUUCCUUCUCAAAGUUAAACUCAGGUGUAAUAAAAAAGGUACUGAUACUUCUGGACCUCUUUCCAAGCUCCAUGGACAAACUAGGCUCAGUUGCCUUUAUGUACAUGUUGAAUGUUCUGUGAAUGAUUUUAGGUAAUGCAACACAAGGAAUAAAAGAUGGAUAUUCUGCUCCACUGGGAAACACCACACCUGGAGUGUUUUUAUGAGGUGGUGUUCACGUCAACUAAAACACAUUAUCCACUUAAGUUCUGGUGUUAUGUAUCCUUUUAACGACGCACCAACUUGAAGAUUGUCUUUGAUUUACAUAGACUGGCAGAGAACCUGGCUGCUCUAUUUGUUAUGCACUAGGAAUAGUCUUUCAUACUGGAAUUAGUGGCCUUGGACUAAAAAUAGAUGUGUGCUUCUUUGUGCGAGACUAAAUUCUACAAUGUUUUCUUAAGUUGUCUCUUUAUCUAAUGUGUGUCUGGUUGUCUCUUAUUGAUGUGUCCUGCUAGUUUAUAUAUGCACAGAAUGAAAAUGAAUCAGGUUUUAAACACUGGGGUGGUAAUUUUUCACCUCUACACAGGCAACUGGUCAAUCUUUGGCAUUUUUUGGCAUUCCUUAACAUGGUUUCCUUGAAAGCCGGUUUAUUGUUUGUCAUCUGAUGCCAUUCUUUAUUGGUCAUCUUAAAAUGUUUUGUUUUCACAUACUGGAAUUGAAAUAGAUACUGUCACAAAAGACAACCAACUAGAGUUGCAAUACUAAUAAUGAUGAGAGAGCACAAAUUAGCCAUAAACUGACUAGAUGUUCUCUUGUAAAAGCACCACUGUAGCUCCUUUUAUCAAAUGGUAAAAAUGUCAGUGUGCUCAUAUUUUACAUGAAUACUUCCUCUUUUAAUUCAGUGUACUGAAUAUGUCCUCAGGGUGCAGUGGUUUUAAUACGGGUAUUGUAAAAUGAAUAUUCAGUGAAAAAUAUGAAUUAAAUGUCACUGGAACUGUGAUAACCUCAAUUCAUCUUAAGCCAGUGAAUGAUCUUAACUGUACACAGAUGAGUGUUUUUUUUUUUUUGUUUUUUUUUAACAAAUGCAAGUAACAGGAACAUAGCAAGCUGUUGUUGUGGUUAAUAGCAUUUGUCACACUGUUCUUUAAAUUCAUCUGGUUAUUUUUUUUAAAUGCAUUUUAUAUGAGGAGAGCUGACUUGAAAAUUGAGUUUUUAAUUAAUUUUCAUAGGUCCUAUUACUGUUGUCCUGCACUAAAAUGUUAUUAUUUUGAAUAUGUAAUGUGGAUUACACUCUUGGCUCAUCUCAACAAACCAUAAAAAAAACCAAGCUAUUCAAAUGGCAGCAAGAAAAUCUACCUCAUAAAGCCAGAAUUCGGCACAUUCUCCAUUCCCUUCUUGGACACACACGAAGAAUUGUUUUCGAAGUGUAGGUCUCUGUGGAACAGAAAUGGGCGUAUCCCAAUCAGUGGGCAUUUUCAAACCGGGAUGGGCAUUUUACAACUACUUUACUCAUUGCGCCUACUACAUAGAGAUUCCCUACGUUCAUUGGACAGUGGAAAAAACCCAUCCUGGUUUGGAAAUGCCCACUGAUUACUACACACAGAUUCCCUACUUUCAUUGGAUAGUUUAAAAACGCACAUCCUGGUUUGGGAAACGGCCAUUUCUAUUCUGCUGAGACACCAGUCUCAUUUUGUCACUUGCUUAUGUGUUUGUACUCUGAAGCCUUAAUAUGUCCACUUGUUAAACCAAACAAACGGUCAUUAAUUUUUCAGUGCCAAGUUUGAACAUAAAACAUCUGCAUUCCACAUUUUGAAUGUUUGGGCGUUUCACCACCAUCACUGAAAUUAAAGCAGUGUCCUAGUUUGAAAUAUGUGACAAUUGAUGUUCACGUUGUUGCUCUCAUUUAGAGUUGCGUAGGAUCCAAACUGAAGUCAGCGGAAAACAGGUUGUACAUCUUGUACAAAGGAUUUGUCUGAUAUUUGUGAUGCAUUGUCCCAGAAACCUGUGAUAGUGUAUCAUGUCUGGCUGUGAUAUUUUAACAGUAAAUAGUUUUUCAUGUACACAUUUAAUGUUACAUAUGUAUGAAUCAUGAAUGCUGUCCACCUUUUUUGUGUAAAUCUGUCUUUGCUCACCAGUGAAUUUCUAUAAUUUUAGUAAUGGUCUUGUAAAUAUUGUCAUUUUCAGCUGUUCAAAUGUAAAGAGAUCAUUUAGUUGUAAUGGACUGCAAGAUUGUGUGGAGAUGUGUUUUUAUUUUCUAUUCUUAUUUUCUCUGUUUUCAUGUAGUCAUUGGUGGGUAAAAUGUACCUCUUGAAAUCCACUCUUCAAACAUCUCUGCUGUCAACUAUUCUGUCUGCACUAGUUAAGCAACUAGUUGGUUAAAUGUGAAACAUAUUUAUUUGCUCUUUCAUUUUGUAAAUUUCUAAUAUAAACCUGUGUUGUUGUCGUGACCCCCCCCCCCCCCCAAUUGUUCAUUAAUGUUCAUUUUUAUAUACCGUUCUUACCUGACUGACAAAUUAUUUUGGAAAUAGAAGUAUUUUCUAUACUGUACAUUUCUUAGAAUAAAUUUUGUUUAAUUAGA